UCAAAAACAAACACGAGCUCCGCGAGUACCCGGAUAAUGCCGCCCCCUAGCGCAAGACCGGAAAAAGGUGGUAGGGAGACCGGAAGAAGGUGAAACGCUCUCUGUGGACAUACCAUUGCCGCGAAGAUGGCGGCGGCUGCGUGGCUUCGACUGGUAGCUGUCACUUUUAUUCUCGGGACGUUGCCAUCCCCGCUUUCUCUUCCCAGCUUGGGGCCAGAACCAGCCACCGCCGAGAGAUCCAAGUGGCACGUCCCGGUACACUUGGAGAAGAAGAAGUAUUUUAGUUUUGGAAAGAUCCUCUUCAACAAUACCACUAUCUUCUUGAAAUUUGAAGGAGAACCUUGUGAUCCAUCUUUGAGUUUCAAUGUGACCUGGUACUUGCGUUACUGUAACUGUUACAAUGAAGUCUUCAACUUUGUGGAUGAACAAGCAGAAGCUUAUUUUGGAAGCACUAAGGAGGAACGAGAUGGUUGGCCUGGGUCCUAUGAAAUGUUACCAAGUUUGUUCCAGAACUACAGUGAACUCUUUAAACCACAGAGUUUUUCUGGAGAUUUUGUUCAUCCAGUGGUACUAUCGGGAGGAAAACAGACUAGGUACAAUGGAACAAACCAUACAGCUGUUGUAGAGAAGCUUGCAACGAAUGGUGCUAUUAAAACUUGGCAAGAUGGGCCUUAUAUCUUCAUUGUUCAGAUUGGGAUUUCAUACUCAAAGGACUCUUUGAAAGAUGUGCCACAAAAUCAACUUUUUACCAUGACGGUGGAAGUGAAGGGUCCCUAUGAAUACCUCUCUCUUGCAGAGUAUCCCCUCAUGAUUUUCUUCAUGGUGAUGUGUAUCGUGUAUGUCCUAUUUGGGGUUUUGUGGCUGGCGUGGUCUGCUUGUUACUGGCGAGAUCUCCUGAGAAUUCAGUUUUGGAUUGGUGCUGUUAUCUUUCUGGGAAUGCUAGAGAAGGCAGUCUUCUAUGCAGAAUUCCAGAACAUUCGCUACAAAGGAGAGUCUGUCCAAGGUGCCAUGAUUCUUGCAGAACUGCUCUCAGCAGUGAAACGAUCGCUGGCUCGGACUCUGGUCAUUAUAGUCAGUCUGGGCUAUGGGAUAGUCAAGCCUCGCCUUGGAGUCACUCUUCACAAAGUUGUGGUGGCAGGAGCUCUCUAUCUCUUGUUCUCCGGCAUGGAAGGUGUCCUCAGAGUUACUGGGUCAUCUUUUUACGGAGCUUUGACUUUGAUAACAAACCUGGCCCUCUCUGCGAUUGAUGCCUGUAUUAUUUUAUGGAUAUUCAUCAGCCUGACUCAGACAAUGAAGCUCUUAAAACUUCGGAGGAACAUUGUGAAGCUAUCUCUCUAUCGCCAUUUCACCAACACUCUGAUUUUAGCAGUUGCCGCAUCUAUCGUAUUCAUCAUCUGGACUACCAUGAAGUUCAGGCUAGUGGAUUGUCAAUCGGACUGGCAGGAGCUGUGGGUGGAUGAUGCCAUCUGGAGGAUGCUAUUCUCGAUGAUCCUAUUUGCCAUCAUGGUUCUGUGGAGACCGUCUGCAAACAACCAAAGGUUUGCCUUUUCACCAUUGUCUGAAGAAGAGGAAGAUGAUGAACAGAAAGAACCCAUGCUGAAAGAAAGCUUUGAAGGAAUGAAAAUGAGAAGCACAAAACAAGAACCAAAUGGAAAUACUAAAGUUAAUAAAGCUCAAGAAGAUGAUUUGAAAUGGGUAGAAGAAAAUGUUCCGUCUUCUGUGACUGAUGUAGCACUUCCAGCCCUUCUAGAUUCUGAUGAGGAAAGAAUGAUCACGCACUUUGAAAGAUCGAAGAUGGAAUGAAGAAUGGAAGGUUUUCAGGGUAGAGUUUGUUAGUAUCAGGGAAAAAAUCAGCAAUUGUGUCAGACUUCUGUUACUACCCCACUGGCUCAAAGAAGGCCAGCAACACACUCCUGAUAUGUUCCUUGAUCUUUGUGCAUUAGAGUUGGGGGGAGAGAGGGAGAGAGAGAAAGGGGGGUGGGAGAGAGGGAGAGAGAGGGAGAGAGAGAGAGGGAGAGGGAGAGGGAGAGAGAGAGAGAGAGAGAGAGAGAGAGAGAGAGAGAGAGAGAGAGAGAGAGAGAGAGAGAGAGAGAUUACACAAACCACAUUUUUUGUUUCAGUCAUUUAAUUUGUCAGACUAAAAUUUUAAUACUAAAGGGACAAAGCCUAUCAUAAUAUGUAAUGCUCAGAAGCAACUGCCUAUGAUUUUAUUUAUUUAUUUUUUUUUGGAGAGGUGAUGGGGAAAGUUGUUAAUUAUCCUUCAGUUUGCUGGGGAGCAAGUAUUACACCUUGCAGAGCUAGUUGGGAGAUAAAAGGGCCCUUUGAGUUAAGGAGUUUCCAGUACUAUCAGUGAUUAAAAGUACCAAAAAAUAGAUUUGAAAAUGUUAACAGUGGGAUUCAGAUCAUUUUUUUAAAAGCAAAAUCAAGUGCAAUUUUGUUUACAAAAUGGUGUAUAUUAAAGAUUUUUUCUAUUUCAGAUGUAAUUUAGAAAGAAAAUAUUAGCUUAACUCUUUUGAUGUCUGCUGUUGUGACACAUCCCAUUGCUGGCAAUGUGGUGCACACCUGAGAACUUUUAAUUACUGCUCUGAAAGCCUCCAAGUGCUGCAUUGCUCUCUCCUAUGCAAUGCUUUGUCUGCCCUGGCAUUACAGGGAUAAUAGAUGUUCAUUGCAGCAAGUGCAGAGGCAUUCCUUCCACCUGAGAGCAUAUGAGUAAACUUCCUGUUGGAAGAGGGUACUGCAAUGCUUCAGAAGAGGACAACUGAUUUCAAAGGAAGCAGGUCCUUCCAGCUUAGUUGAAUAUCCCCAAAUGGGGUAGGAUAAGUUAGGGUGAACUGUUACUGUUUCUGGUGUUGGUUAAGAGUUUAGAGGCGUUACAAGGCAAGUUGCUGAAUUAAAAAUCAUUUUAAGGACUCCAUUUCUGUUCUAAUGGUUUUCUCAACUUUUGCCUUCCCAAGUUACGGAUUUCUGUUCUAAAUACAAAAAGUUCGUGCCACUUUUUAAUAUUAAAAUCCUCCUUAAAGUAAAAA